GGCACCCCUCGUCUUGCAUUUCCUUCUCUCUUCCCCCUUUUUUGUGCCCUUUUUAACUUCAUACGAAGGAAGAAAGAAAUGUUGUAAGCAUUCUCUGAUUCUCUCUCUCUCUCUCUCUCUCUCUCCCCUAUUGCCUUGUACUCCAAGCCAGAUCUCUCUAUAGAACCCCGUGAUCGGCUCUUGUGUUCUAUCUCAAUCGGUUGUACUGUGAUGGCGGAAGGAGGUGCUGUUGCGAUGGAGCAGAGGCCCAAGACGAAGAUCGUCUGCACGCUCGGUCCCGCUUCCAGAUCCGUCCCCAUGGUCGAGAAGCUUCUCCGCGCCGGCAUGAACGUCGCUCGAUUCAACUUCUCCCAUGGUUCCCACGCUUAUCACCAGGAAACCCUCGAUAAUCUCCGUCAGGCCAUGUCCAACACUGGCAUCCUCUGCGCCGUCAUGCUCGACACCAAGGGUCCAGAGAUUCGAACCGGAUUCUUGAAGGAUGGAAAACCUAUUCAGUUGAAACAAGGCCAAGAAAUCACCAUAUCCACCGACUACGAACUGAAAGGCGACGAGGACAUGAUUUGCAUGAGCUACAAAAAGUUGGCGGAGGACGUCAAACCGGGAAUGGUGAUUCUCUGUGCCGACGGUACAAUCUCGUUGACCGUCCUGUCUUGCGACAAAGAAAACGGUCUGGUCCGUUGCAGGUGUGAGAACUCUGCCAUGCUUGGUGAGAGGAAGAACGUAAAUCUCCCUGGUGUUGUCGUGGAUCUUCCGACGCUGACCGAGAAAGAUAAGGAAGAUAUUCUUGGAUGGGGAGUUCCCAAUCAGAUCGACAUGAUUGCUCUGUCUUUUGUCAGAAAAGGGUCGGAUCUUGUCCAAGUCCGGAAGCUACUCGGGAAGCAUGCCAAGAACAUUCUUCUCAUGUCAAAGGUUGAAAACCAAGAAGGUGUGGCGAAUUUCGAUGACAUCUUGACGAACUCGGAUGCGUUCAUGAUAGCGAGAGGAGAUCUCGGUAUGGAAAUCCCAAUCGAGAAGAUAUUCUUGGCGCAGAAGGUGAUGAUCUACAAGUGCAACAUCCAGGGAAAACCUGUGGUCACGGCUACUCAAAUGCUGGAAUCCAUGAUCAAAUCGCCCCGACCCACGAGGGCCGAAGCCACGGACGUCGCCAAUGCGGUCCUUGAUGGCACGGACUGUGUAAUGCUCAGCGGGGAAACGGCGGCUGGAGCAUAUCCAGAGCUAGCCGUCCGUACAAUGGCCAAGAUUUGCGUCGAAGCCGAGAGCACGAUCGAUUAUGGAGACGUAUUCAAGAGGAUCAUGCAGCACUCGCCGGUACCGAUGAGCCCGCUCGAGUCACUCGCCUCCUCGGCAGUCAGGACCGCGAACUCGGCCCGAGCCACGCUCAUUCUGGUCCUAACCAGGGGAGGAAGCACGGCCAGACUCGUUGCCAAGUACAGACCGGGCAUUCCCAUAUUGUCGGUCGUGGUUCCGGAGAUCAAGACCGACUUGUUCGACUGGUCGUGCAGCGACGAGUCGCCGGCAAGGCACAGCCUCGUGUUCCGAGGCCUGGUCCCGGUUCUGUACGCGGGGUCCACGAGAGCAUCGCACGACGAAUCGACCGAGGAGGCGAUCGAGUUCGCGACUCAGUACGGGAAACAGAGGCAGCUCUGCAAGACCGGAGAUUCUGUCGUGGCUCUACUCCGUGUGGGUAACGCUUCAGUGAUCAAGAUCUUGACCGUUAAGUGAUUUCUCGACACACACAAAAAAAACACGAGUUUGUGUUUCAGCGUCGUUGAUUUUCUUGAGACAUAAACUCAAGUCUACGCGAUUUUAUAUAUUUUAAGAAAUCAAUAUUUAUUCACACACGGUUAUGUUUUGAUGGUAUGUUAUAUAUAAUGCAGUGGAUGGAUAUUCACCUU